UAACGGGGAAAUAUACAGUUGAACUGCUCGUGUUGAAGAAAAUUCUAAACACAAACGUCACCAAAGAAAGACGUCAAAAUUCGCAAGUCUUGCCUGAACAAAAAAGAAUACUAAUAAGGUCUAACGAGAAAAUGCAUUCAGCAACAAAGAAAAUUAAUAUAUUGUCUUUCGAUGGUGGGGGAAGUCGAGGUGUAAUGGAACUGAAGAUACUGGACGACGUUCUACGAUUAACAACAAUUGUGUUGAACAGUCCUAAAAAGAUAUACUUCUUUGCAAACGAAGACAAAAAUGAAAGAAAUGUUAAUUUCUUAAAAGAUCGUUCCGUUCGAGAACGUCUGAUCAAGGACAUGGAAGCAGUUAAGGAUCCCAUUCAUCCCACAGAUGUUUACGAUAUGAUAGUUGGUACCAGUACAGGAAGUUUGAUUGCAUUUGGUUUAGUCGGAGGAAAUAAAGUUGGAAACAACCAUCAUGUAAGAGAACGGAUGACUGUGGAAGAAUGCAUUAAGAUGUAUAAGACUACAACUAAGAAAAUCUUCCCUUGGCGUCCAAAAAUAUUUCACAUUCCAACAUCACCAUAUAAACUAGCUAAUGUAGAGAAAGCUCUAAAGGAUCAGUUUGGUGAUUGCUGCUUAUAUGAUAUUGGUGGCAAAGAUUCUUCGAAAACCGUGGCCGGAGCUGUUGCUAAAGAACUUGGCAACAACCAAAAUCUUGUAAUGUUUGAUACAUUUAGCAAAGACAACGCGUAUUACAAGGCUUACAAGGUCAUGCUUGCAUCCUCAAGUGCCCCAAUAUUCUUUGACAAGCCAACCGAAAUUGGCAGUCAUAAAUAUGUCGACGGAGGUAUUGGUGGUAAUUGUCCUUUAGCACAAGCAAUUCCACGAGCAAAGGAAAUUUUUGGGGAAAAUGGUGAACACGUGGAAAUAACUUCUGUUUUAUCCAUUGCGCCUCCUUCCAAAUUAGAACCUCCUCCUCAAGAUAAUGACCGUGUAGAUUGGGCAAAGUAUUUGGUGAGUUUAUCCACCGAUGGAAAUGCAGUGUUUAACGAAGUUGUGAAGCAACAUAAUCAGACCAAAACUUUGUUCCAAAGGUUGGAGCCACGUGGUGAUACAUUGAAAGAUUUCAACCUUAAUGAAAGGGAUACAGACAAGAUGAUAAAUUACAUGGAAAAAGAAAAGCUUGAGAACGACAUGUUUUUGGUUGAUGUAGUCGCCUCUGCAAUGGUUGUCUUUCUUAUGUUUAUUGAGAAAGUAAAAAAUGAUGACAAAACUACGUUGACCAUUGCAGCACAACUUGCUGAAGCAGCAGGAUGUGCAUACCAAAGCAAAAACGAAUACGAAUCGGCAAUCAUUUCAUACCAAACAAGCAAACGUCUGCAAGAGAAAGUCAGCAGCGACAUCACGACGAUUAAGAACAUUACGUAUAGCAUCGCAAACUGCUAUAAACAACAAGGAGACUUUAGGUCUGCAAUAGACUUAUUCAAGUCUAACGUGAGAGACCUUUGUCGCCAUGGAGAUGACAAAAAGAGUAAAGAUGUACUCGUUGACACUUUAAUUGAAAUAGCUGACUGUUACCUGACAACUUCUGAUUACAUUGAUGCAGAAAUAUAUUUGAAUGAAAUCCCUGAAGAAAGGAAGAAAUCUGCACGUUUUCUAACCUAUUUAGCAAGGUGUAAGCAGCAAAAAGGAGAAAUUGAAGAAGCUGCCGAUCUUUACAGGGAGGCAGCUAGUUAUACUAAAGACAACGAUAGCUAUGACAAGGCUAAAAUUCUUAGUAACCUAGGGUUGUGUUUCUUAAGUGUAAAAAAGAACGAUGAAGCCGAAGUUCUUAUUUCCAAAGCCAAAGAUAUGAGAAGGAGUAUAAUAGAAGAAAGAAAACAGGAAAAUGAUGCUCAGGAGGCCGAGUUUCUUUUUAACGACGGGCUUUGCUUGAUAGAGAAAAAUCAAUAUGUCGAAGCAAUAGAAAAUUUAGAAAAGCUAAAGCCAAAUACGAUCAAAUUGGAGAUAAAAUCGGCGUUUCGUUGACAUUGAGAAAUUUGGCAAUAUGCAAAUCCAAAACCAAAUCCCCAGAUUCCUUGAAUUACGCGCAACAAGCUCUGCAAAUGAUGAAGAAACAUACAUUUCAGAAUAAUAAUCCCGGGAAUAAUGAAAAAAAUCCAGGUAUUGCUAUAAGCUUGUCAGUUCUUGGUCAGUGCCUUUUCAAGGCUGAAAGAUUUAAAGAAGCAAAGAUAGAGCUGCUAAAGAUUUUGGAUGUGAUGAAACAUCUGUUUUCAGAAAAUCAUCCAAGACUGAUCAAAGUUAAUAAGCUCCUGUGCAAAUUGGAAAAGAAAAACGGCGAAAAAGAAAAGGCAGAAAAUUACGACAAGAAAAAGAAGGAAGCAAGAUGCAAGAGACCAAACAUAAUCAAAAGAUUACAAAAUGCAAGACGUAUGCUAAUUGGGUAAUAAUUUUCAAACGAAAUAGAACGCAUGUAGAAAAAAGUCUAAAGAAAACAACAAUGCACGACGAAAAUUUAAGUGUACUCUAAAGAGCAUCCACACAAACUGCGAGUCUUUAAGAGGAUAGUAUAAACAACUGAAAAACAAAUAUAGUUGACUAGCUGCAUGGAGAAAUUUAAAUAUAUUGCAUGCAUAAUAGGGAGUCAUGAUUUAAAGCACUUGCAGUUAGCAUGUACAAAAUCAUGUACAAAAGCUACCAAUCACCCAUGUACUGAUGUAGUUAGCCAUAAAAUAAACAUUUAAACGCA